AUGUCAUCGAGAUCACCAUCGCCGCCAAAAAUCACUCUUCAGCAAGACGAAAUGUCCGAGAGCGCUGACCAUCUCCUCGACGAGUUGAGCAAAAAGCUCGUCGACGAGGCCAUUCCAUCGGCUCAACACCAUUUAGAGCAGGAGGAGAAAGAGACAAAAAGUCAUCAGAAGACUCCACCAUCUUCACUGAAUGAUUCGUUUGCUGACGAUGUGCUCGACAAGGAGACGAAACUCAUCAACACUGAUGACUCCAGCAAACCCGGAUCCAGAAAACUAGAAAUUUCGAUCCUGGGCAACAGUAACCCAGAUAGUGGACAUUCGGACAACUGGACACACACACGGUCAUCUAACUCAGGCCUCCAAGUAGUUCCAGUUCCGACAUGA